UGUCAAGUGUCAUAUUAUUAAAAUGUCAAAAAAAAUUACGAAUUUGCGAUUACGAUGUAGCUAAGUCAGAACUAUUGUAUUUAAAAUUUAAACUAAUACUUAAAUUAAAUAAUUUUAGCCAUAAUGAAUCACGAAGAGAUAAAACUAGUGGUACAGGAAAAGUUUCUGUCGAGUGAGAGAGUUACGGCUUUUCUGUGCGACGCCAAAGUGCUCCACCCAGAGUGGGUCAAAAAGGACAGGCUCCUAGCGAUCGUUGAAUAUGGAGAUGAGAAAGCUGUAUUUUGUUUAUUUACGUCGUGUUACCCACCGAAGUCCUUCACCGACUUAUCCGUAGAAAUAGUACUGCCAAUCGACGAUAGUUUUAAAUGCGAAAUCGACAACAAGCCAUCCGAUCCCGAAGCAAUUUUGUACCUGAAUUUACAGUCCCGUAAUAAUAAAUUUAAGUUCGAAAUUCAAAUGACUCCUCGAGUAGAUAAUUUCGUCGACGAUCUGUUCAGAGGCAUAGAAGCUGUUAACAAAUUACAAACACAGCCCCAGUUUCUCUGGCUCAAAAAGUACAAUGGCAAGAGUGAAGAUGACAUUAUCGCCCAAAGCAUGGUAGUUUCAAGAAGUGGGGUGACUCUCAACCAAAACUCAGCCCCGGUGGCCAUCAGAGAGAGUCUAAUAAAACAUAAAAUGUGUGACAAAGAGUAUGACUACACAUUUACAAAGAAGUUUACAGUAUUCUGUGGUACAUGGAAUGUGAAUGACAAAUCACCUAUGAUACCUCUCAAGGAUUGGUUGUGUGUGGACAAAGAACCCCCUGAUAUAUACGCAGUGGGUUUCCAGGAGCUGGACUUAUCUAAAGAAACUUUUCUGUUUGAUCAGACUUUUAGGGAAGAAGAGUGGUACAAUGCAGUUGUACAUUAUGUGGAUAAAAGGGCCAAGUAUGUUAAAAUAGAGAGAGUAAGGUUGGUUGGCAUGAUGCUGAUUGUUCUGAUCAAGGAAAAACACUACUCUCAUGUAAGGAAUGUUAUCUGUGAUACUGUCGGUACUGGUAUAAUGGGUAAGAUGGGCAAUAAAGGUGGAGUAUCAAUAAGGUUUGACUUGCACAACACUUCCAUUUGCUUUGUGAACUCUCACUUGGCUGCACAUGUAGAGGAGUAUGAGAGGCGAAAUCAAGAUUUCAGAGACAUUUGCAAUAGGACAAGAUUCAUACAACCCAAUCAAACACCCAAAGCUAUAAAAGACCAUGAUCAUAUUUACUGGAUUGGCGAUCUCAACUACCGCAUCACUGAACUGGACCCUCAAAGUGUUAAAAACAUGGUCAGCGAAAAUAACUUCGAACCUGUACUGGAAUGGGAUCAGUUGAAACAACAACAUAAAUGCAAUAAUGUAUUUGCUGGGUAUACUGAAGGGGUGAUCAAUUUCAAACCAACCUAUAAAUAUGAUCCAGGCACAGACAACUGGGAUUCCAGUGAGAAAAACCGUGCACCCGCAUGGUGCGAUAGGAUAUUUUGGAAAGGCAACCACAUCAUGCAACUUGCAUAUCAAAGUCAUCCAACGUUAAACAUAAGUGACCACAAACCUGUAUCCGCGUCAUUCAUUUCAGAAAUCAAAAUAAUUGAUGAGGAAAAAUACAGAAAAGUAUACGAGGAAGUUAUAAAACAAUUGGACAAACUUGAAAACGAACUCAUACCACAAGUCAAAGUUGACGUUACAGAAAUAGAUUUCGGAACCGUUAGAUAUUUAGAGUUACAAGUGAGAACGAUAACGAUAAAAAACACUGGCAAGUUACCGGUUGAAUUUGAAUUUAUAAAGAAACUCGAUGAAUCUAACUUCUGCAAAGAAUGGCUCAUUGUCGAACCGUACAAGAAAUGUAUAUGUGCUGAUGAGUCAUGCGAAAUUCAACUCAAAGUACUUAUUAAUAAGACUUCUGCCUGUAAAAUGAACGCUGGAACUGACAAAUUAUAUGACAUUUUAGUGCUACACCUAUAUGGUGGCAAAGACAUUUUCAUCACAGUAAACGGGACAUACCAAAGAAGCUGUUUUGGAUGCUCCAUUGAGGUUCUAGUUCAUUUAAACAUGCCAAUAAGAGAAGUGCCUGUCGGAAAACUAAUAGAGCUUGAAAGCAAGAGAGACCAGUGUGUUUCUAAUCAAUUGAUUUAUUCCAUACCAAAGGAGAUAUGGUUUUUGGUCGACCACAUUUAUCUUCAUGGCCUGAAAGAGCCAAAUUUAUUUGAACAGCCAGGCUUACAUUCGGAAGUAUUGCAAAUAAGGGAUUGGUUGGACAGUGGGUCUCUUGACCCUGUUCCUGGAAGCAUACAUUCAGUAGCCGAGGCCUUGCUCCUGUUGUUAGAGAGCACAGCUGAUCCUAUCAUUCCUUACAAUCUUCAGUCUGUAUGUCUCAGAGCAUCAGUUAAUUAUUUACAAUGCAAACAGAUUGUUAUGGAACUGCCACAGUAUAGAAAGAAUGUUUUCCUGUAUUUGUGUGAAUUUUUACAAGAAGCCCUACAGCACAGUGCAGAGAACGGUUUGGAUGCAAAAACACUAUCGACACUAUUUGGUGCAAUAUUUUUAAGAGAUAAUCCCAAUCUAAUGCAAGAGCCCCAGUCUAGAAUAAACAAGCAAGUUAUUGACAAAAAGAAAGCUCAGUUUGUUUAUCAUUUCCUAAUUAAUGAUGACAGUGACUUGAUAUUUGCAAGAUAGUCAUUUAAAAAUUAUUGUCCUUUUAAGUUAUUUGAAAUACUCAACACAUUCUCCAUGAUUAAUUUUAGGCUUAUUUAUUCAAAUUAUUUUAAUUCUUAGAUGUUGACAAAUUAUAAAGCUUAAAUCUUCUAUUUGUUUGACUGUUAUGUUUCACAUUGCUUAAUAUUUUACACAUCAAGCAUUGUUAUGCUUUUUAGCUUAAUUGCAGUGUAUAUUAUGUGUUAGAACCUAGCUAACCUAGAACAACCACAAUGUUGUAAUUAUAUUAGUAUUUUCUUUAGGUUUUAAUUAUAGACAUCACCUUAGUUAUAAAUGAACAAUACUUAAUAUUAUUUAUUAAUGUUAUGUUCAAUGAAUCAAUCAACGAAU